AUGACCACCACAUCUUCUACCACAGCACCAAUAAAACAAACAGUGGCACAGGCUACCAAUCCACAGCUGCUUCGACCGUUGCUCGAAAAAUACAUGGGAAACCAGCUAGCCGCAGACAUGUUACUCCAAGCAUGCAACUUUCUGCAACCGACGAAAUCGCCUCUCACACGCUACAGACGAUUAUCUCCUUCAACUGUAGAGGCUCUCAUUUCCAUUCCCUCCCUAGGCCUCGACUUUGUGUGGAUCUCCACCUCUAUCUCAGCUUUGCACUGGGAACUGCGAUGUAUCCAUCUUCUGGGCGGAUUUGAGAACAUGUACUGGGUGCCCUGGUCAAAGAACAUGGCCGAAGCCGACUCCGAAUACAACCUACGUCGACAGACAGAGGCUACAAGACACAAAAGCAAGAUUGCACACGAAGAGGUUCGGUCGGAGUUGGUGCGAAUCUUUGAGGGAGGAAGUGAUUCGGACUUGAACUCGGAUCUGGGCUCGAACUCGGGCUCAGACUCAACAGAAGACGUGGUAGACAGCGAGGACGAGUACUGGAACUCCUACGAUGACUACUGCUGA